AUGAGGACGCCUGCCGCUAUCGCGCAGUCUGUUCUGCGAGAUGCUGCUCUUCGAGCACCGCCGCUCGCCCGGCUCUCUGCAGGCGCCUCUGCGAGCGGCCCCCACCAGCGACGUCGUGGCGGCGCCGGCGAGCGGCGGAGCCGUCUGGCGUCUGCAGAGGAGACGUGCAUGCGGCUGUCGCAUCCGGCUUCUCCUGCGCGCGCGUCGACGCCCGCCUUUGCUGUGGAGCUGCUGCGCCGCUGCGCGCGCCGAGGCGCGCAGCGUGAGACCCAGGAGGAGGGCGCGCCGAAGAGCCGCGAGCUGAGGGGGAGGCACGUCGUCGCCCGCAGCAGAGGGGGCGACCUCCGGAGGUCGCCUGCCUUCGCAGGAGCUAGGCUGGAGGCGGGCGCUGCUAAGGCGCGCGCCAGCGAGUCUCCGUACCCCGCCAACCUGUUUCAGGGUGGCGGCUGGAUUGACGGAAGGCAGGGGCAAAUGACGAAGUGCAGAGUGGCGUCGGGCUUUAGGCACUUCUCGACGGGACAUUCGGGCACUGUCGGGCGCGCGCUUUUGCGAUCCUUGAAGUUGAACGGGGUGGGGUCUUAUGACCCGCAAGUUUGCGUUGAGGACGCUUUUCCGCCUAACGCUCUGUCAGCGGGGGAGGCCGCGGCGUCGCCCUCCGGCGCGUGCCGUUACCGGCUCGUCCUCGACGGAGACGCUGUGAAGUCGCCUAGGGGCCGCGAUCUCCUGCUACCCUCUCGAGAUCUCGCUUUCGUUCUCGCCGCCGAGCAGCUGGCUUUGCGCGAAGACCUUCGCAGGUGCGUCGCCGCCCAUCCGGUGGCUGGGGGGAGUCCUCGCUCUGCUCUUUCUGCACCUUCGGCGCCGUCGGUCCUUUCUUCCGGCGAGGCCGUGUCUGAGCAAGCGCGAGGCAACGCAGACUCGCCAGUUCCGCAGGGCGAGAAGGGAAUAGAUUUGAAGCAGAGACAAGAGCAGCUUUUGGUGCAAAAUGCGCGGCUCCAGCGCUUCAUCAAAGAGAGGCCCUUCGCGCUACGUCAGCCUGUGUCGUCGAUUGUCUUCACUGCGGCGGACUUGAUCGAGGAAAAUCUCCAAGAGACAGCAGCCACGCUUGCGUCGCUUCUCCACGGGGACACGGCCCUCUCGAGAGAAGACGGCGCUGAAGAAGAAGCGGAAGGCAGCGAUAGGUUUUCCUCCCUUUCUUCCUGCGCGAGCGCGGCGCCUCUGUCGGGCGCUUUGGCGCCUUCCUCCGCGUCUGCGCAUUCCAGUCUCGCCUCCGGCGGGGGUGCGGGCGCCGAGAGCUUCUCCUCAGCGUCGAGCUUCUUGCGGGAGAGACUAUGCGGGACGUGGAGGGACGAAGUGCGGAGGCGAGAAGAAGAGAUUUUGGAGAAGCACGUGCGAUCCUUUGAGAGCCGGCGAUGUGCAGGAAAGCCUCUGCAGCGCUCCAGAGGUUUAUGUCUCGCGCAACAGGACUCCGAAGUCAUUCAGCGUCUCGGGGCGUUCUACGCGUCCUGCUCUCCGCUCUACCUCGCCGCGCUGCAGGCGGCCGCCAUGCAGCUGCGCUCGCUGAUUCUCGCAGACGAAUUGCUUCACUCACUCCACUGCGGCGUGAAACACGGCGUGGAUGCGCGGCGAAGCGCGAGGAUGUCGCAGAACGGUGUUGUCGAGGAGCAGAGUGCUCGGGAAGCGGAGGGGCUGCCGGCGGGGCGUCACACGAGUCGCAGGAUGGCCGAAACUGUCUCGUACUUCUGGGAAGCUGCAAACAUAGAGGCAGAAGAACAACAGAGACGCUGCGGCCAUGUUGAAGGCGUCCAUGACGUAGAGAAGGCGGAGGCGCUCUUGUGGCUCCACGCUGCAACCGUCGUCGCCACCUUUUCUUCGCUUUAA